AUGGAGGCAGGAAUUCCCUAUAUAACAGACGGGCCCAUGAGGGCAUUGAGGGAGUUGUAUCUGACAGCGUUGCCUAUGGUGCCUCUGCUUGAGUUUGAUAGGUAUCCUCUAUUCCCAAUGUUUAAUAUGUCGAUAAAGAUUUUAGUUUGGAACGUUCAGGGAGUGGGCAAUAAGGUGCCGAUUAUCAAGGAAUUAGUAAGGAUUAAUAAGCCAUCUGUUGUAGUUCUCGUGGAGACGCAUCUGAGUGGGGAGCAAGCUCAGAAAAUUUGUGACAAAAUUGGUUUUCAGAGGCAGCAGCAAGUAGAAGCUCAGUGCUUCUCCGGAGGUAUAUGGCUGCUUUGGGAUACAAAUUUGGUAUCUAUUACCUCUUAUGGAUCUCAUUCCAAACAUCUUACUGUGGAAAUUCGUAAAGUUGGGGAGGACCCGUGGUUGUUCUCCGCGGUGUAUGCUAGUCCAGAUAGUACUUUGAGGAAAGAGUUAUGGAGAGAACUGGAGAAAAUAAAAGAGUGUUACUCAGGCCCUUGGUUGUUAGCGGGCAAUUUUAAUGAAACAAUGACUAUGAGCGAAAGAAAUGGAUUUGAAAGCUCAGAGAUGUCGAGACGUUGUCGAGAAUUUUCUAACUGGGUGAAUAACAAUGAGUUGAUUGAUUUGGGGUGCUUUGGACCUAGCCAUACAUGGUUUCGAGGGAAUUCGAGUCAGACGUUUAAGUCAGCUAGAUUAGACAGAGGACUUGUGAAUGAAGAUUGGAGGCUGCGUUUUAGUGAAGGCGCGGUUCGAAAUUUGCCAAAAGCUGCUUCGGAUCAUUGUCCGAUAAUCGUGAGUACUAAUGGAUUUGCCCCCAUACCUGUGUCGACAAAACCCUUCCGAUUUCAAGUAGCCUGGAUGAAUCAUGUUAAGUUUCACGAAUUUGUUUAUGAGAACUGGAAAAAAGUGGCUCCGAUUGUUCCAUUUUUGCGAGAGUUUGCUGCAAAAUUACAGAAGUGGAAUAGAGAAGAAUUUUAUAAUAUCUUUCGGAGGAAGUCUGAAUUGUGGGCAAGAUUAGAAGGUGUGCAGUCUAUUCUUGCUUCGGGUCGCCAAUCUCAUCUAGUGAAGUUAGAAGCGAAGUUGCGAAGGGAUAUGGAUGAGGUUUUGAAUGAAGAGGAAUUACUUUGGUUCCAAAAAUCUCGCAUGGAGGCGCUUAGAGAUGGUGAUAGAAAUACGAGGUAUUUUCACUUGUCUACUUUAAUUCGGCGAAGGCGAAAUCGAAUUUGA